AGUCGAGUCGAGUCGAGUCGAGUCUAGUUGACGGGCAUGGCAUGUCGUGCUUGUUGGUCCCACCGUGGCGACUGUUUGCCCCUUUCCCUCUACUUUUCUCCUGUGUUUGCUUCGCGGCGUGGUAGUAGAUCCUAUCAUCGCAUCUCAGCUUCCCGUCUAUCCGUGGUACCAGAGGAAAAGAUGGGAUUGCCGUCAGAGUGAUGUACUCUGGGCUGUUCUAUCAUUUCAUCAACCACUGGUAUUUUACCAGCCAGUGCUGCAGUCUGUCUGCACGCUCGAUUUCGUAGUCGUCUGAUUUCCUAGCCAUGUUUCACUUGCCACGGGGUAGACAUGAUUGACCAGCUGCGCCGCUCAGAAAACGGUUUUCGAAGUGGCUCCGGACCUCUAGCCUCCUCCGUAUCCGUACUCGCUACCUCUAAGAAAGACCAAGAGAAUAGCGGGUGGUCGCGCGUCGUUAGGCCUCUUGACGGUAGCAUUCUCGGGCCGCGGUUCUUGAAGCUGUAUCUAGGCAACGGUUUUUGUCCCAUGCUCCCCGCCGUUACACAGCCCGAUGCGUUGGACACUGGGUAUCUGGCGAAGGAGCAAGUAAAAUGUUCUAGCCGCCAAGGCGGCCGUGGGGCGGCCGGAAAAAAGAUGGCGCAGGGGAGGGCACAGAGCGAGAGUUGCUUGUCUGCUGUUCCGCAGCCGUACAUUAACUCUCGGCUUUGCAGCCAUGCUGGAACCCUUUCCACGUCACCCUCGUCACAGGACCCAGGUCCAGGGCAACUCUCCCGUGGGGACGCCUCGCCCUCGGGCAAAACCGAGUUGGGGUCGGUGUCUCUUGUGUGUGUUUGUUUCCUGCAUCUUGUUUCAAGUGGCGUUCAUGCUGCUAUCGCUGUGCGUGGCCUUUUUGCCUUUGCCUGGGUGAGUGUUGUGUCGAGGUCGGUCCCGCUUGUUUGGUGCCUCCGCCGUGUCCAAGAAAAAUUCCAAGCUUCCCAUCAGGCCUAAGGGAAGACGUUAUUUUGUCGAUGGCUUCGAUGCCUAGUUCUGGAGAAUCGUACGAAGUUUAAUAGCGAAGCCGUGGGCCGUGGGGGACGGGCUACGUGCCGGGUUGCUGCAGAGUAGCCAGAGACGUUUUUUU